UGUGCCUCUUCCCAUCCAUCCUCACAUUUUGCAAAAGCUCAAACUCCAUUUCUCACUAUCCAUCCAUUCCAUCAUCAUCAUCAUCACAAAUAAACAAUUCCUAAUCCAUCACUUCCCAAAAUUUCACAUUCCCAUCAUCAUCUCUCUCCAUCAGAACCCUCUGAAAUGUCUUCAUCAGAUCAAUCCCCCAUUAUUAUUCAUCUUUAAUUGCUAGCAGUCGCCAUUUCUACUGUUUUUCCAUCCGACUUCGAUACAACAAAUAGACGUAGUCCCUGAAUUUCUUGUUGUCGACCUUCGUCACAUGAUCAUCUCGAGAUAAAAAGCCUCGAGUGAGUGAAUACGCUGGUACUCGGGGUUAAUACCGAAUAAUGGCUGGGUUGGGGGCCAAAACAGUUGAUGGAUCACCUGUCAGUGUGUCAGGAGCUCCGGUGAAUGCCGGCGAGGGGCUGGAGAGUGAGGACAAACCCCUGCAGUCAGCAUGGACCUUCUGGCUGGACAAAGCUAUUCCUGGCACCACUAUGGCAGAGUACAAGGACAAUCUCAAGGAAAUUUACACUGUUGAAACGAUAUUGGGGUUCUGGUCGGUUUACAAUAACAUUCCGAAGGCUAGUGAAAUUCAGAUUAAAUACAGUUAUCAUUUGAUGAGGGAUGGGAGACCGCCGCUCUGGGAGGAGAGUGCUAAUCAAAAGGGUGGGACUUGGAGGCUCAAGUGUCGUAAGAGUGAUACGGAAAGAGUGUGGAAGGAAGUAGUGGUUGCCGCAAUUGGGGAGCAAUUCGAUGACUGCGUGGCUGAUGGAGAUGAGGUCUGUGGGGUCACAGUCUCCAUCAGAGAUAGGGAUGAUUUGAUACAGAUUUGGAAUGUCGAUGCAUCACUAGCCCCAGAGUCAAAAAUACUCCAAAAAGUUCAUGAUCUCCUGCCAGACGUCAAUUUUGCUGCCCAGUUCUACAAGCCACACCAGGCACAUCACGCGUACAAUCGCCACUAAAAUCAUGAUCGAGAACGACGAACAAUGUACAGGCUGCUUAAUAAUGUCAAUUACCACUGUUCAAAUAAAAUCAAUGAACUCUAUUUCUUCCACGGCGAUGAAAAAAAAUUAUUAAUUGAAAAUUUUUUAAAUUUAACAGAGAUUAUUGAUGUUUAAUGGCUUGUUCAUCCGCAGAAGUGUUUAUAAUCGUCCUUGUACAUGUUAUUUUGUGAUAAUAAAAAAAUCGAUUGAGAAAAGACAAGAAAA